AUGGCCUCACAAAGUGUCCCUCGCAAGCCGACUCAACUCGAAGUCCCCACGACCGCCUCGCCCUUCGAACGGCCCAAACUCACCACCACCACGACUCGCACAACGGCGCACCGCCUCCCCCCGCCUGCUCUCUUCCAAGGCCCACCGUCAAAGAAUGCCUCGCACAUCUCUCUCGCUUUGCCCACCGACCGUGUCCCCGGGGCUCCCUCCACCGAGACUGAAAAUGCGGGCCACCAACACCGGAUCAUCCGCCCGUCGCGCGUUCCCCCGGCUUCCUCCUUCUCCGGCCCCAGCUCCGGCCACCUGCAUCAGCGUGCCUCUGGCGCAAGGGGGGGAGCCGUGGCGGACGACAACCGCGCCGAGCAACUCUGGGCGGAAAUGCAAAAGACGCUCGCCGACGUGGAACUCUCGGCCAUGAACACGUCCCACGUCUUCGGGGCAAGCCACCUGCACGCGCUGGAGGACCUGCGCACGGCCCAGCUCUCGCUCGCGCAGACCUGGGCCAAGACCGAAGCGGACGAACUGCUCGAGCACGACUUCGACACCACGAGCAGGAACGAAGCCAACGUCGGGGCCGCGUUGGAGGCCAAGGCCUCGGCCGCGACGGCCGCUCUUCCGCCCAUGUCCAAUUCUACGCCGAGCACCGCGCGGGGGAAAGGCACUACGCCGCAGACGGGCUCGUCUCCCGCAACCGCAAAGGACGGGAAGGACGCUAAGGAUGCGGGCAAGCCUGGCGCCUUCGCGAAUGAUAAGAACCUGGAGGAGGAGACGGAGCGGGACAUCCAACUUGCGAGGAAGCGGCGCGAGGCCAACGACCGGUAUUUCUCGCAGGUCAAUCGCGGGGUGUUGGAGGUGGUCAGUAAGCUCGAUGAGGUGGCCGGGGCGAUGAGGCGCGUCGAGCGGGAGAGCCGCGAGAUCUGGGACGAGAGUACGGACGAGGAGGACAAUGAGGACGAGAGGACCGGGGGCAGCGAGAUAGAGGAAGGCGAUGCUGAUGGCGAAGCAGGCAGUCUCACGGAACGGUCGGGCCUGACGGACAGUCCUGUGCCCGUGAGGAAGGAUGGCUGA